CGCUGGCUCCGAAUGGUGUAUCUUUAGAAUCCCAUAGAUCUUUUUGCAGGCUAAACAUGGUUUUGGUGCCAGUUUAUGAAUAUGUUCGAUUUAGUCCUUUUCCAAUGAACAUGCCAAGGAUCAAUUUGCAAUUCAAGUCCACCAAGAUGGGUAAUAGAGUUAAAGUACUGAAUAUGACUGCUAGUUUUGAAUCUGAGUUGGAUUCUAGUCAAAAUUUGCCUUCAACAAGUUCAAAUGGGAAGGACCUUGUUUAUGAUAGUAAGGUACAUUUUUUGGAAGAAAGGAAUGAAGAGGAAUUAUCAAGAAGAAUAUUGAUGCUUAGUAGGUCUAACAAGGUUAGAAGUGCAUUGGAAUUGUGUAAAUCAAUGGAGUUUUCGGGUCUUAAACCUGAUGUUCAUGCAUAUAAUUCUCUUCUCUCUUGCAUGCUCAGAAACGGGCUACUCAAUGAUGCUUUGCGAACUUUCGAGUUUAUGAAGAACAAUAAAGUCAUUACAGGACAUACUUACAGCAUAAUGCUGAAAGCUAUUGCUGAUACUCAAGGUAAUGAUGCAGCUUUAGAUAUGUUUGCGGAAUUGGAAAGGGACUCAAAACUGAAGAAAGAUUUUGAUAUGGUUGUUUAUAAUACAGUUAUAUCGAUUUGUGGAAGAUCAAAUAAUUGGGUUGAAACCGAGGGGUUAUGGAGAAGAAUCCAGGAAAAUGGUUAUAUAGGAACACAAGUCACAUAUUCCUUGCUAAUUAGUAUUUUUGUUCGUUGUAAUCAAUGCGAAUUGGCAAUUGAUGCUUACACUGAGAUGAUUCGAAACGGAGUCGAACCCCGUGAUGACACUAUGCAUGCUAUGAUUAACGCAUGUGUGAAAGAAGAGAAACGGGAUUUAGCGUUAUCUAUAUUUCAGAAAAUGUUGGAUGAUGGAUUGAAACCGAAUCUAGUAGCUUGCAAUGCAUUGAUUAAUUCACUUGGAAAAGGCGGAGAGAUCAAAUUAGCUUUUAAAAUCUAUGAUAUUAUGAUAUCUUUAGGUCAUAAACCAGAUGAUUUCACAUGGAAUUCAUUGCUUGGUGCUUUGUAUAGAGCAAACCGACAUGCAGAUGCUCUUCACCUCUUUGAAAGAAUAAGACAACAGAAUGAACUCAUAAGCCUUCAUCUAUACAACACCGCCUUAAUGUCGUGCCAGAAGCUUGGUUCAUGGGAUAAGGCCUUACAGCUUUUAUGGCAAAUGGAAGGUUUGGGAUUGUCAGUUUCGACCACAUCGUAUAAUCUUGUCAUCGGUGCUUGCGAGACUGCGAGGAAACCGAAAGUUGCAUUGCAAGUUUAUGAUCACAUGAUUCAUCAAAAGUGUGUUCCAGAUACAUUUACUCAUUUAUCACUAAUAAGAAGCUGCAUUUGGGGAUCUCUUUGGGCUGAAGUGGAAGAAAUUUUAGAUGGACUUCCACCAAAUGUAUCUCUUUACAAUGCUGCUAUUCAAGGAAUGAGUUUGAGAGGCAAAGUUGAAUCAGCAAAGAAGCUGUACUUCAAAAUGCAAAAGAAUGGUCUUAAACCUGAUGGCAAAACAAGAGCUUUGAUGCUUCAAAACUUGCGAAAACAUCGAUUUAAAGCGAAGAAGUUGACCUGAGGCCGGAUUUUUCUCCGGUUAUUCAUUGUUUGCGUCCAACAUCCAUAUCUGAUACAUAUCCACACAUGAUAGCAAAAACAAGAGCAUUAAUGCUUCGAACUUCUGAAUGCAUCGAUUUAAAGAUCAGAAGUUGCCCUAAUGUAACUUCGAUCUUUUUUUCUUUUCUGAAAAAUUCUUGUCCAAUGCAUAUUUAGAUACGAUGACAAAACAAGAACAUCGAUACUUCAGAACUUGCAAAAAGACCGAUUUAAAGCAAAGAA